AAGCACUGCCUGCCUGAAAUGUGCCCCCUUUCCACCUCCCACAGGCCGAGCACGUCCUCUCUCUCGGGGAUGGUUUGUGUCAGGGGAUGGAGAGGAGGGGAGAAGGGAAUAAGAGGGGUCCGACCUCCGGGAGCAUCUCUACAAAGAUCAGAUGAAAUGUUGGAUAAAUAGCAGUCGUCCCUCCCUCUUCUCUCACCUGGGGAUCACUCCUGUAGGCCAGGUUCUAUUUCUUGAGGAAAGUCUCUGGAGCAAAAGAACUUGGAAGGAGAGGAGAGUGACAGCGCGCAUUUAGCCAAGGUCUCAAGGAGUUAGAGACUAAAGGAAGUGUUGGAGGCAGCUAUGCCGGGGUCCUUCCUUGUAAUUCAGGACUGCACUCACGUGUGCUCUGGAGGAACACUCAAACUGACUACGGUGAAGUUAGUUACGUCCCGCAGCGGCUGAGCUGGAUUUUCUUUGAGAUUUGCUGCAGAGACCCUUUCUUCCCCCAGCCUGUCCACUCUACCCCGGACGAGUUAUGGCAGCAGACGAAGGUUUGCUUCUCAAUAUUUCAGAGGACUGGAAUUUGCCGGGUUUUCCUCACCCAGAGCACAAGAAGUUCCCCAGAUCUUUCAGAGUCAAGGAGAGAAGGGGAAUACCAAAAGAAGGAAAAAGUACAAAAAGAAAAUUCCAAGGGGCCAGUGAAGGGCCCCCACCAAAACGAAAGAAUGAAAUAUCUUUACUCCCUGGCAAGAAAACCAAUGUUAAAGAGGUCGAAAGGACUGGGAAGGGAAAGCCAGAAGGUCUGAUUUCUCCAAAGAAGCACUCAGCUGUCCAAACUAAUGAGAGACAAGCAGAAAGGCCGUUCAUUAAGACUUCAUCAUUAUUUAAAAACAACCCUGAAAUUCCAGAAAUCCACAGAGCUAUGGUGAAGCAGGUACAAGAAAAAGUAUUUACUUCAGAUUCUUUUCAUGAGUUGGGCCUCCAUCCACAUUUAAUUUCAACAAUAAACACUGUCCUGAAAAUGUCCAGUAUGACCAGUGUUCAGAAGCAAAGUAUUCCUUCAUUGCUAGAAGGCAGAGAUGCUCUUGUAAGAUCCCAGACAGGAUCAGGUAAAACACUUGCCUAUUGCAUCCCUGUGGUUCAGUCUCUUCAAGCAAUGAAGUUGAGAGUACAGCGCAGUGAUGGUCCCUAUGCUUUGGUAUUAGUGCCAACAAGAGAGCUGGCUUUACAAAGCUUUGAUACUGUCCAGAAACUGCUUAAGCCAUUUACUUGGAUUGUACCUGGAGUGUUAAUGGGGGGAGAGAAGAGAAAAUCAGAAAAGGCCAGGCUACGCAAAGGGAUAAACAUCCUAAUCUCUACUCCUGGACGUCUGGUAGAUCACAUUAAAUCCACCAAAAACAUUCACUUCAGUCGAAUACAGUGGUUGAUUAUUGAUGAGGCAGACAGGAUCCUGGAUCUGGGUUUUGAGAAGGACAUUACAGUGAUUCUUAAUGCCAUCAAUUCAGAGUGUGAAAAACGUCAGAAUGUUCUAUUAUCGGCCACUCUUACUGAAGGCGUAGCAAGGUUGGCAGAUAUCAGUUUGCACAAUCCAGUCAGUAUUUCUGUAUCAGAUGAAACCUGUGACCAACACAUCAAAGGUUGCAAAGCAGCUAGAGGAGAUGGUCACCUACAAACUAGUGCUGAGCCGGACAGCUUUGCUGUGCCCGAGAAACUCCAACAGCAUGUGACCCUGGUUCCCAGCAAAUUGAAGCUUGUCACACUAGCAGCCUUCAUUCUUGGAAAAUGUGAGUUUGAAACAAAUCAGAAGCUGAUUGUCUUUUUCUCGAGCUGUGAGCUGGUUGAGUUCUACUAUCACCUCUUCCUCCAGACCCUGCUGAGCAGCUCUGUGGCCCCAGCAUCAGGGCAGUCACCAUCUGCCUCCUCCCGAUUAAAAUUCCUGCGUCUGCAUGGCAACAUGGAACAGGAGGAAAGAACAGCAGUUUUUCAGGAAUUCUCACAAUCCAAAUCAGGCAUUUUGCUUUGUACGGACGUUGCAGCUCGGGGCUUAGAUCUCCCUCAGGUCACAUGGAUUGUUCAGUACAAUGCUCCAUCUUCACCUGCAGAAUACAUCCACCGGAUUGGGAGAACCGCCCGGAUUGGCUGCCAUGGGAGCAGCCUGCUCAUUUUGGCUCCUUCGGAGGCAGAAUAUGUCAACUCGUUGGCUUCUCACAAAAUCAAUGUAUCCGAGAUAAAGAUGGAGGAUAUUUUAUCUAUUUUGGCAAUGGAUGAUCGUUUUAAGGGAAGACGAUGGGGAAACAAGAAAUCCCGCAGUGUUGGCCCCCAGGAAAUCCGCGAGCGAGCCACUGUCUUGCAGACAGCAUUUGAAGAUUACGUGCAUGCCAGUGCGGAGAAGGUCUCCUGGGCAAAGAAAGCUUUGCAAUCUUUCAUUCGUGCCUAUGCAACCUACCCCAAGGAUCUGAAGCACAUUUUUCAUGUCCGGUCCCUCCAUCUUGGUCAUGUGGCCAAAAGCUUUGGACUGAGAGAUGCUCCCCAGAAUCUGAGUGCCUCUUUAGGAAGCAAAAAGAAAUCAAAACUGAAAAGGCCUAACCCUCAUAAGAAGACCCAGAGUAAACACUGUCUUGCUGAAAUCUUGCGUUCAGAAUACUCAAGUGGAAUGGAAGCUGUCGACGCCAAGGUCAAAAAGCAAAACAAACAUCGAAAACCCAGAAACCACACACUGCAGAACUGAAUUGGAGCUCCCAACCUUUGCGGUGUGGGGAAGGAAAAGAAAAUCUCUCUCCAUGAAACAUUAGAAAAGCCCACAAAGAUGUUCUGUAGGGCAGUGAGACUUAAUUAAGAUUUCUUAAAAACUGCCUCUGUACACAGCACUGAGCCUCAAAGUGGAUCCUGGAAGUUCUGAAUUAGUAGAUGUCUUAUUUUUGUCAGAGGAACCUUACUGAAAAUAAGCAUAUUUCUAUUUUCCUGCAUACUAAAUUUCAAAACAUUACAAUUGAACCCACAGCUAUCCUUCUUUGUGAGUGGAGCAAAAAUAGAAACCAAGAGGAGUAAAAUCACAGAAACAAUGAGCUAAUUAGCCAGUAUCUAUAUUCAUUCCAUUGACUCUGGAAACUGAUCAAUUUUUUAAGUGAGCAAUAGUUAAAAAAAAAAAAAAAAAAGACAAAAAAACUCCAUCCUAAGUCAUUGAACAACCCUGUUGUCAUUUCCAGCAUUUUAACAGUUCCACUGUUUUGUUUUUGUGCUAUUUGGUACCUUUGGUAUUAUUUGUAAAGUGCAAUUUGUGACUUGAUGAGGCGCUAUUGGACAGAUCCCCAUCCAUAAAGUGAGGGGGCAAGACUUGUUGAUUUCUAAGGUCUCUUCCAAUUCUCAAAGCAUGAGUCUGUGAAAUGGGUAUGUUUAAGAGAGAAAUUUUAUUUCUCAAAAUUCCCUUUCCCAAUGCAUGCAUGAAAUGUCCGUGAGAAGGACCAAGAAUCAUUUUGUAGAAGUGAUCAGGAAUACCAGUGUUGUGGCAUACUCCCCAGCCUCCUUAUUUUCUCCAAAAAUGUUGCUGUAAAUAAAUAUGAUGUCACUUUUCUAUUAUUUCUUGCAUUGUUCCCUUUUCAGUGUUCCACAGAAAAGAUAUUUUUCAGGGCUAAUUGAUUUGCUGUUGUAAUUUUAUUAUUUGCCUUUGAAGUCAAAAGGCACCAAAACUCCUGUGUUUUUCUUCCUGAUGAAACCCAACAGGGUUCCACUAGAGGCCUGGACUUCUUUGUGUUGUGAGCCAGAGCAUAGAUCCUCCAUUGGGUCUGACUACAAGACUAGAGAGAGCCCCUUUCCCCCCUUGAGAAGUAUCAAUUUCCCAAUAAAUGUAAUAUUUACAUAAAGGAAAUGCUAGAGAGGCCACAAGAAAAAGGACUAAAAAUCUCAGCGGUUUCCUUCAUGUUGAAGAGCCCUUUGCAACAGCUUCAUUUAGGCAUUUUGUGGCCAUCUUCCUUUGUGGUUAUUAAGUGACUGUGUCUAGAUGUUCUGUGACAAAGUUCUGAGAUAUUCCCAAGGAAAUACCAGAUUGGAAUUAGCCAAUUGACCAGUAAAAUAAUAUAAGCUUUGGGAAGACUCACAUUUACCAAGUGAUAAAAGGGGCCAAUGUCAAGUCUUCCUUUUUUGAUAACAGGCAAUCAGAUUCAAACCAAAUGUCAUCUAGAACACUACAAUAGAAGUGACUCAGAGUGUGUGAGGUAGACUGUGAGCCUAGUAAAAAGUGAUCUGCAUGAGAAAUAUGACCUUCUCAAGAGUCAACUGUCAUAUGUGAAUUAAUAGGAACCGUUGGUGAAAUUUAUAACAAUAAUAAUAAUAAAAAAAACUGCAGUACAUGUCAAAAAUGACUGAGCAAAUCUGUCAUACACUCUUAUUUUGAUGCAUAAUAAUUCAAAUGAUUUGGAUGAGAAAAGACGGGAUCAAACUUUUUAUAGGCAAAACCCAAUAGUUUGACAAAUAGGAUUAAAGCAAGCAAUUGGGGGGGGUGGGGAUCAAAGGCAAAAACCUACAUAUUUUUUCAAAUAUUCAUUCUAUUAAAAGGAUGAAUAAUCGUAAAGUUAUUUCACAUUCCUGAAGUAAAAAAUGCUAUAACUAUGCAAAAGAUAUAUGUGUAUAUCAUUGUGUAUGUGUGUGUAUCUGCAAGCUACGAACCCCAACUUACUUUGCUAAUAAUGACCUAAACAUUUCAUCACACAUUAAGAUGAUGCCUGGAUAUAUUUCUAAGCAGAAUCAAUAUCUCCUUUCCCUCCUUCCCCCCCCCCCCCCCCCCAGUUAAUAAAGAAACAAGGAUUUAGCAGAUUUAAGGUUAAUAUUAUCUGAGUUGGAAUAACCUUAAAAAUAAAUCUUUCUCUUAUUAUAGCUCAUGAAAGAUUAUACAUUUCAGGCAUCAAUUAGGUAAAGCCUUUGCCUAAUUCCACUGUACAUAUACUAAUUUUGUGUGCAUUUUUAAUCAUCUAUUUUCUCAUUUCCCAAACUUGUCUCUCAUUUUCUACUGUGCUCCUGUUUUUCAUGUUUAAAGACUCACAGAAGUUGAGCAUUUAAGGAACUGUUACAACCUACAGUUCUUUUCCCUAGUGGAUUGUAUAGAAUUCCUUUUCUGGUUCCCAAACAUCUUAGUAUUUGCAACCCCUAAUGGUUGCAAAUCUUCAGAAGGGACCCUCAUUUCUCAUGCAGUGAAGGGCAAAGAACCUUUGGCAAAAUGGGUGCCUGUGUGUGAUCUAAUUAAGUCAGUGUUGAUGUAAUGCAAACAGCGACUUCCAUUCCUAUAGAACUAAGUUCAGAUUAAACCUCAGCAAAAGAAAAAUUUCUACAAAGCCCAGUGGGUUCUUUUGAAUUUUUAAAAAAACUAAUGGAAUGGUGGAGAGCCAUUUAGUCAGGUAAUUGGAAAAUGACAAUUGUUCCAGAUUUCUGGAUUUUAGUUUCUUUAUUAGUCAAUAAAAAUCACUUAAGUCCCAGUGUUUGUUUCUCAAAGAUAGAAAAAUGAGUUUCUCUCUCCCUCUACUAAAAUGAUUAUUUGUUUUCCAAUUGUUCUGGAAUUAUUACAUCAUAUUCUUUCUUGGAAAGGAGCUUUACUGUAUUUAAUAAAAGUUCCUCUUAAGAGCCUUGCACCUUUUCUACUAUUGCUGUUGAAUUGUACGGAAGAAUUUAGGGAAAGGCCAUUUAAAGUCAAUUUGCCUGGUGACAGUUUGGAGUAACUUUAAAGUUCAUUUAACUUUCUCCAAAAUGUCCACAGGAGCUUUUCUAUCGUAGACCUUAUAACAGAGGAUUCAAACUUACUUUAAAUUUCACAUCUUCCAUGUAAGGGACCACAAGGCACCUGUCUCUGGGAGUGUCUGUGUUGUAAGGAAGGAACUGAAGAAAAGGUGGAGCUAUGCUUUUUCAGGAGCCCUUCCAGAGGCCUCUUCAGCCUCCUCCCUCUGAAAUCACCCAGCAUAGAAACCAAGGUGAGCUUUUUUUUUUUUUAAUAGAUGAAAGUUAAAAAUA